AUGGCUAGAAAGGACGAAGGAGGUCUGGCCCUGACCCUGGCCAGCGGGGACAUACUUGCCUCGCUUGUCCCGGAGGCGGGGAGCCGGCGGGGUCAGACCGCGGCGGCGGCGGCGGAGGCGGCCAGCGCGACCGUCACCUAUGAGACUUGCUGGGGCUACUACGACGUGAGCGGCCAGUACGACAAGGAGUUCGAGUGCAACAACAGCGAGAGCGGCUACCUGUACUGCUGCGGCACCUGCUACUACCGCUUCUGUUGCAAGAAACGCCACGAGAAGCUGGACCAGCGUCAGUGCACCAACUACCAGAGCCCCGUGUGGGUACAGACGCCCAGCACCAAGGUGGUGUCGCCCGGGCCCGAGAACAAGUACGAUCCGGAGAAGGACAAGACCAACUUCACCGUCUACAUCACCUGCGGGGUGAUCGCCUUCGUCAUCGUGGCCGGGGUCUUCGCCAAGGUCUCCUACGACAAGGCCCACCGCCCUCCGCGGGAGAUGAACAUCCACAGGGCUCUGGCUGACAUCUUGAGACAGCAGGGGCCAAUCCCCAUAGCACACUGUGAAAGAGAAACGAUUUCGGCUAUCAAUGCUUCACCCAAAGAGAACACUCCAGUCAGAUCAACCUCCAAAAACCACUACACCCCCGUGCGAACAGCUAAACAGACGCCAGGGCAUUAUGGGAAGGAGGCUUACCGAAGUGGAGGACCAGAUCUCCAUAACUUCAUCUCAUCUGGAUUUGUCACAUUAGGAAGAGGACACACGAAGGAGAAACCACGGAUGAACAACAUCCUGACAUCGGCUACAGAGCCCUACGAUCUCUCCUUCUCCCGCUCAUUCCAGAACUUGGCCCACUUGCCCCCAUCAUAUGAGUCUGCAGUAAAGACUAACCCAAGCAAGUACUCAUCUCUGAAGAGGCUGACUGACAAGGAGGCUGAUGAGUAUUACAUGAGGCGGAGGCACCUGCCAGACCUGGCUGCCCGGGGCACGCUCCCCCUCAAUGUCAUUCAGAUGUCACAGCAGAAGCCACUGCCCCGGGAGCGACCCCGCCGGCCCAUCCGGGCCAUGUCCCAGGACAGAGUCCUGUCUCCAGAACGGGGUCUGCCGGAUGAGUUUGGCAUGCCCUAUGACCGCAUCCUGUCCGACGAGCAGCUGCUCUCCACGGAGCGCCUGCACUCUCAGGACCCGCUGCUGUCCCCUGAGCGGACGGCCUUCCCCGAGCAAUCGCUGUCGCGGGCCAUCUCACACACGGACGUCUUUGUGUCCACGCCAGUGCUGGACCGCUACCGCAUGACCAAGAUGCACUCCCAUCCCAGUGCCUCCAAUAACUCCUAUGCCACCCUGGGCCAGAGCCAGACGGCGGCCAAGCGCCACGCCUUUGCCUCGCGCAGACAUAACACGGUAGAGCAGCUGCACUACAUCCCGGGUCACCAUACCUGCUACACAGCCAGCAAGACCGAAGUGACCGUGUGA